AUCCCUAAAUUUUCAAAUUCACCCGCCUCUAUUUUCGCUAAUUUCUUUUAUUAUUUAAACCCCUCCAUCCCCUCACUCUUCUUCACAGACUCAUUUUCUUUUCAAUUAAUCACUUUUCUCAACCAUCCAACUCUCAAACAAACACCAAACAAUGCCUUCUAUUCCAGAAGAACCACUUCUCGCUCCAAACCCAGAUCGCUUCUGCAUGUUCCCAAUUCAAUACCCUAAAAUCUGGGAAAUGUACAAAAAAGCUGAAGCUUCUUUCUGGACAGCCGAAGAAGUCGAUCUCUCCCAAGAUCUCCACCACUGGAAAUCCCUAACCGACGGCGAACGCCACUUCAUCUCACACAUUCUUGCCUUCUUUGCCGCCUCCGACGGCAUCGUCUUGGAGAAUCUCGCCGGAAGAUUCAUGAAUGAUGUUCAAGUUUCAGAAGCGCGUGCCUUCUACGGUUUCCAGAUCGCAAUUGAGAAUAUCCACUCCGAGAUGUAUAGUCUUCUUAUCGAAACGUAUAUCAACGAUAACACCGAGAAGAAUCGUUUGUUUCACGCCAUUGAUACUAUUCCUUGCAUCGCUAAGAAAGCUGAAUGGGCGUUGAAAUGGAUUGAAUCGUCUGAUUCAUUCGCGGAAAGAAUUAUCGCUUUCGCUUGUGUGGAAGGUAUAUUUUUCUCUGGAAGUUUCUGUGCAAUUUUCUGGCUAAAAAAACGCGGUUUAAUGCCGGGAUUAACUUUUUCAAAUGAGCUUAUUUCGCGCGACGAAGGUCUUCACUGUGAUUUUGCUUGUUUGAUUUAUUCACUUUUGAGGAACAAACUGAGCGAGGAGCGUGUGAAGAUGAUUGUGCGGGAUGCUGUUGAGAUUGAAAAAGAGUUUAUCUGUGAUGCGCUUCCUUGUGCUUUGGUUGGAAUGAAUGGGGAGCUCAUGAGUAAGUAUAUUGAGUUUGUUGCUGAUAGGUUGUUGUGUGAAGUUGGGUGUGGGAAAGUUUAUAAUGCUGAGAAUCCUUUUGAUUGGAUGGAGUUGAUUUCUCUUCAAGGGAAGACUAACUUUUUUGAGAAGCGCGUUGGGGAGUAUCAGAAAGCUUCUGUUAUGAAUAGCUUGACUGGGAAUGCUGCUGCUCAACAUGUUUUCAACAUGGAUGAAGAUUUUUAGUUUAACAAAAUGUUUUAAAUUAUUAAUAUAUCUUGCUACUGGUGUUGUCUUUAGAGGAGUGUACUGGGUAUCCACUUGAUUCAAAUAUUACUGUGUUUGAUUAUGUGGAAAUUAGAAUUGAUUUUGGUUGAAUUACUUUUCUUUGUUUAGUGGUUAAAUUAAUUUUAGUAGAGCUGUUUUAAUUAAUUGUGAGUUAAAUAGUAAAU